ACAGUCAAUUUAGUAUGUUAUACCUUGUUUACAAAAUUGACAUUUUGGCCUGAGGAUGGAUCUGUUCAUUAAAUUUCCUGUCAGUCAGCCCUUUAGACUUUGGUAUUUCAUUUGUACGAGUAGAGAUUUGAGCUGUGUAGGAUGUUUCCACACAUUCUGCUGAAGGCAUGUGAGGACUUUCUCACUUACAGCUGAAGAGUGCUGGUAGGUGGCCAGAAUAAAUCCUGGGUUUAGAGUGUAAGGAGGGAGGGAAGGUGUGAGGCAAGAAGAGAAAUGAGAUUAUGGAGCCAUUGUUUUAUCAGAGAGGAGAGGCUGUCAGAGGCUGUGAGUGUCCACUGCUCUUAAGAACACCAACAGGCAUGGUGCCAGACAUAGAGAGGAUCAUUGAAAGCAUCACCCAAGGAGACCAGGACACUGUCCAGCUCCUACUGGACAGAUACAACACCCAGUAUGCAGAGUGCUUCUUUUUCAACACUGAGGCCCAGGAGAGAAAAAAGCAACAACAACUGGAAGAGUUCAAGAAGAACAAAGUGAGGGAAAGUGCUCCAGACUCGGAUUCUAACAUUGACUCAGACGAUGACGAACCCGAUCUUCUUCUCAGACAACGUCUGGCCACAGCCCUGCUGUGCUUCAUCAGUAGUCAGCUACAACCAGCAGUGGUACGGGUUUGCCUUCAUACGCUGCGUAUCCUGUCCCGCGACCGGCGGGCCCUAGCGCCCAUGGUCACUGAUAGCGCUCUUUCCACCUUGGUACACCUGGGAGGCAUCAGUUUACUGCAGGCAUGCCCACAGCAGCAGGAGGAAACAACUGAUGAUCAUUCAGCCAGAACAUACAGCCAGAUCCACAGAGGAGAUGCAGAUGCUGCACAAAUGUCUGUUAGCUCUGUGGCUUCUUUUUCCAAUCCUGUGAAAGUAACUGUUGCUGCCACCACAAAUGGCUCAGAUCACUGCUAUAAAUGGAUGGAUGAUGGAGGUCGCGUGGUGCUUUCCCGUGGGAAGAAGGACAUGCGGGAAGAGAACCGUGAGGAGGAAGAGAAGGAGGAUGAUGGGGAGGUGUGUAGGAAGGAGGCCGUGAAAGUCUUGUGUAAUGUCAUCUACAACAGCCCUAGGGCACAGGAGAGGGCCAGCGUGCUCAGAAUCCUACAAGGUCUGUGGGAGAGUCUGAAGAAGGGGAUCUGGAGCAGGGUACCAUCCAGUGGCCAGUUUUACAAGCUGAGACUGCUCUUCUUACUGACAGCUCUGAGACCUGAACUCAGGCUGCAGCUACAGCAGGAGUGUGGAGUGUCAGUGCUGACUAAAGCCCUCGAGCAGUGCCUGGCUGUGAGGUGGGGUGAAGGAUAUGAGGUGCUUACUGAUACCACAGCUCCUCCCAUCACCAAGGAUAUGUCCCAGGAAGUCAUCGAGAUCCUCAAGACACUCUUCAACAUUGCUCACAGGUUUCACAGGCAGGAGCCAGAUGAGGAGGAGGCUGCUCUGUUUCGCCACCUAGCAGCUGUGCUGCGCCACUGCCUGCUGCUGUCAUGUGAUGGAGAAGACGUGUUGGAGGAACUUCAAGGACAUACAGUUAAUGUCCUGUCAGCACUGCCAUUGACAUGUCUGGAUGUCCUGCUAUCAGUCCAUGUGGACCAGGCUUCCCACAAGUGGGAGGGAGUAAACAUGGAUUGUGUCCACACAUUGCUGCUAUUUAUGGACCAACGCCUGAACAGGGGUCACAAGCUGAAGGAGAAACUAAUUCCUGUACUGAAUCUGUUGACUGAGAGUUCUCGUGUGCACAGGGAGACACGUCACUACUUACGGCAGAAGAUCUUACCUCCACUGAGGGACGUUGCCAUCCGACCUGAGCAGGACACAACACUGAGAGGCCAGCUGGUCCGCCUGAUGACCCACGUUGACACAGAUGUGAAGCACUGUGCUGCUGAGCUGCUUUUUGUGCUCUGCAAAGAGAAUGUCAGCCGCUUUGUCAAAUAUACUGGUUAUGGGAAUGCUGCUGGACUGCUGGCAGCUCGGGGACUGCUGAAUGGAAGAAGGAACUCAGGCGACAGUCAGUAUUCCCAGUACUCUAGUGACUCAGACUCAGAUACAGAAGAAUACCGGGAGGCCAAAGCCCGGAUUAACCUGGUGACUGGCCGGGUGGAGGCAGAGCAGCCUGACCCAAUGGAGGGCAUGAGUGAGGAAGAGAAGGAGGAGGAGGCACGUCGCCUCGUCAGCAUGAUCAACAGACUAUCACGAGACCAGAUCAUUCAGCCGAUGGUUGUGACAGCAGAGGGGAGACUGGCUCCACUCUGGGGCCAUAUGAGGGGCUGCACACUGGAGGAAGAGGAAGAGGAAGAUUCAGAGGAGGAUUUGGAUCUGAUGCCAGAGGGGAGGAAAGACAAACAGACAGAGUAGAAAGAUAUAAACGUGGAGCAGUAGACUGGACAAGAGAGUGAAAAGUCUUCUUGCUUCACCCCUUAUUUGUAGUUCAAUAACCACUGUACAGUAUAUAAUUUCUGCCACUAGGAGGUCUCUCACAUCAAAACAAUACAAAAUGACAAAGUUUGAUGACGUGGUGAAGUAGCAUCAUAGGAGUUGUUGUCUUUACAAUCAUUGCCGUCAGCUUCUCCUGGUUAGAAUUCCUUCAGGAGGUUUCUACAUGGAGCUGAAUUAUCCACAGAGGUCUCCUCCUCUUCAAAACAAACGCUCCACUGAUUAGAACUAGUAAAAACACUGAAAAAAUAGUUCCAUCUAAAAAUCAGUGUUUCUCAGUUGCUGUUUAGCGGACAAAAACCCCCAAGAAAAUGUGCAGGGUAUAAACGUGGCUUAAAACUGGAUAAAACUUUUUUUUUUUGAAGACCGGUAAACCAUUACCUAAAUACAGUGACAGAUUUCUGUGGGUUUGAACAUUGUUGGAAACAUUUGGGAUAAAAUGUAAUGAUGUAAGUACACAACUCAAAAACAUAUAUAACAUAGGUGUAGAGCUUAUAUACAUUUCAAUGUGGAAAUGUUACAUAAUAACUGGAAUUCUUCCUUAAACAUUGAGGUGCUACAUCAUAUGGUUGCAGGCAUAAUUGUUUCUGAGCUUUGAAUCCACUAUGCACUGAACUCUGAGAGAUAAGCCAAUAACUGCAGCCUGGUGUAAACACAUCAGAGAGAAAGACAGGUAUGUGAAGGAGUGUGACUGGGAACAUGGGACAGGCUGAGCCAGUGAAGACAAAGAAUUUGAACACUAUUUUGUCAGUGAGCAACAUUUUUGUUAUCUAUGGUAUUUUUCUUGUUGAGCACAUUUGCAAAGAAGUUGUAAGCUACUGACUCUUUCACAUGCAAAAACUAAUAAAAAUUUAACUUUCUCAAACUUA